UUAUAUUUGAACUUUAUUGGUGACUGUCGUGUUGGUAUUAUUAAAUGGGAAUUGCAAUCAGAUGAUUAUAACGAUAUUCUUGUGAUUAGUUAUAUCUUGAUUACUUGUCGAUAAAUUAUCUGAUUAGCGACCUAUUUAGUUUUAUGCAUUGAUAGUAUUCGGUUAUACAUUUUGUAUGCGUGAAUAAUGAACUUGUCGUUUGCGGGUUGUGGUUUUCUUGGUAUUUACCAUGUUGGUGUUGCUGUGUGUUUUAAAAAAUAUGCUCCUCAUUUAUUGUUAGGAAAAAUAUCCGGUGCUUCAUUUGGUGCUAUAUCAGCCUGUGCACUUCUUUGUGAUAUUCCUAUAGGUGAAAUAACUAGUGAUGUGCUAAGGAUAGUGGGAGAAGCGAGGGCUGGGUCUCUUGGACCAUUCAGUCCCUCCUUUAACAUUCAGAAUGUGCUCCUGGCGAGCAUGCAGAGGCAUUUGCCUCCUGAUGUGCAUAAAUUAGUUAGCGGCAGACUACACAUCUCACUCACCAGGGUCUACGAUGGCAAGAAUGUCAUCGUUUCAGAGUUUCCUACAAGGGAAGACCUCUUGCAAGCAUUGCUGGCAUCGUGUUUCGUGCCAGUGUUCAGCGGGAUGCUGCCGCCUCGGUUCCAUGGCGUGCGCUAUAUGGACGGCGGCUUCAGCGACAACCUGCCCGUUCUCGACGAGAACACUGUAACUGUCAGCCCCUUCUGCGGAGAGAGCGACAUUUGCCCGCGCGAUCUUAGCUCGCAGCUGUUUCACGUGAACUUGGCAAACACAAGUAUCGAGUUAUCGAAACAGAACAUUAACCGAUUCGCGCGCAUCUUAUUCCCGCCGAAGCCGGAGGUUCUAAGCAACAUGUGUAAGCAGGGCUUCGAUGAUGCGCUUCGUUUCCUGCAUAGAAAUAACUUGAUCUCUUGCACCCGCUGUCUCGCUGUACAGACCACAUUCCAGUUGCAAGAUGUACUCGACGAUAGUUACGAACACGACCCCGAGUGUGAAGAAUGUAAAACGCAUAGACAGGACGCGUUAGUGGACGACCUUCCGGACACGGUGAUGACCAUCUUCCAGAAUGCGAUCGACUCAGCCAACAGCGGGCUGGCGAGCUGGUUGCUGCGCAGGCGCGGCAUGCGCUGCAUCUCCCUCAUGACGCUGCCCUACAGGGUCCCGGUUGACAUUCUCUAUGCCACCUUCACCAAAUUCGUAACCAGUACGCCGAAGAUGAGCAAAUCAUUGUGGCGAUUGAGCUGGAGCUUGCUACGUCAGCUGCACGCGUUCGUCUACUCCGCCCACGAUCGCUCUGAUGCAGCCGCGAGGAUAUAUUACAAGCUCGCCCUAGAAGCUAAGAAGGACACAGAAGACUACAGAUUGGACAGAAGACGUGCAAGUGAAGUCAGGGUGAGUUACGGGGACGUGGUGGCAGAUUCUGACACUUUCGAACAUAUCCUCAACGUGACAGCACAUAAUGACGCACUGCUGGCUUACUACUAUCUGGAUAGCGAUAACAAGAUGAAGAUGACAGAGAUCUACGACGUGACAGACGCGGACACUGAGGCGGUGCAGUCGCCCACCGAGCGUGACCUCAACAAACAGCUCGAGUUCGACAACGACUGGUCCUCGGACCUCAUCGCCAACGAAGAUGAACUCGAUCUGGAUAAUUUAGACGAUGAUCUGCUGGAUCGCAACAUCUUCUCGGACCCUGAGAGCGAGUGGACCGCUCAGAGAUCGUAUUCCAGCUCCGACGGUGACCAACCAGAGUCCGAUAGAAGGAUCGAGAACUUCACAGCAUUUGAAGAUAACUGAUUAUUGGAGCACAUAGACUGCGAGCGGCUGGCAAAGACAGUGACGAAACGAGCGGUCAUUUUGACCAACUUCAUGCUGACCAACCUCAUGGAAGCGAUCAAUCAGAUGUUGGUAGACACCACGCUAUUGUCCACACUGCACCUCGAGGGCUUGCCGCUCAAGAUACCAUACUUAAAUCCAUUCUGUGAGGCCGUGUUAUCCAAUAAUUCCCUCCAACAUCUGUAUCUGCCGCGGUGUCUAAUCGGCGACGCAGGCUGCCUGGCCGUCUGCAAGGCAGUGCGCUGUCUGCCCAACAUCCUCACCUUGGAUCUAUCAGGGUGUGACAUUACGCCGCAAGGCGCCAGCUACUUGGCUGAUUUGUUGAAAUAUCAGAAGAUUCAUCGGUACAGCGAGAACUGGGUGCAGACGCUGCGGUACCGGCUGCCGCAGCUGGACGCGAUGGCUGGUCUUCGCCGCCUCACACUGUGCGGCAACACGCAACUCACAGAUCGGGGUUUCGCCACGCUUGCCGAUGUACUCGCCGACGACUUGUGGAUCAAAGCGUUGGACGUUCAGAACUGCGGUCUGAGCGAGCAGAGCGGCGCGCUGGCGCUGCGCAUGCUGCAGUCCAACACGACGCUGGUGGUGCUGGAUGUACGCCACAACGAGCAACUGGGCGCCGACUGCGCCGCCAAGCUGCGCGCUGCGCUGCGCAACAAUGAGCGCAAUGCGGGCGAGGGGGGACAGUACUCGUGGUUAGCCAGUAAUUCCAGCGAUGGAAGAUCAAUUAAAUCAGUAGCAAAUAAGAAUGGUAUGGUGAAGGACCGAGGCGUGUCCAACGUGCGAAAUAUUCCUAAUAAAUAUAAUAACAAAGCAAACAUAGUGAAGAAAGAGAAAGACUACGCGGAAAUUCUGGAGGAGCAGCUGCAGGAGGAGAUCUCGCAUCGGCAACAGCUCGAGGAGUUGAACCUGCAGCUGGUCAGCCAGAUGAAGCAGCUAAAACAGCACCAGGUGCGGCUCUGGGCAAACGCCGCCAACUCCUCGGGAUCGGAGCAGUCUCUGGCGCCAAGCACGGUGUCGGGCGAACUGUCGAGCAGUUCAGGCUCCUCGCUGUCGGUGCCCAUAGAGCAGAGCACGCUCUCCUAUAUACAGCAGGCCUUCAAGGAUAUAUACGCCUUUAUUAAGAACAACCAGUGCCAUGGGCAAUGCGUUAGAGAGACAUCUCAGAUAGCGGAGGUGACAGAGCCGGACUCUGAGCAGAGUGAGCCGCGCGCGCCCGUGCCGCCCAAGAAGGCGCAGAGUACGCACGCCAAGCUCACAGACAGCGACAUAGCCAAGAAGAUGACCAAGUCCGCGCACUUGCUGGGCGACGCGCACUACCUGAGGGACAGACUCGAAGCGGCCGUUUGUCCGAACAUGUUCGAGAGGCAAAUGGGAGACACGAGAGACGUUUGCUCAGAUGACAAGGACGAAUUCGACGAUAAUAUGACGACGCAGAAAAAAGGGAAGAAGGAGCGCAGCGCGGACAGCAGUGUGGUAAGCGUGGUUAGCGACUCGUCAGACACGCUGGUGUGUUCUCCGUGCGGUCGCCACGUCCCCAACCCGCGCGACGCCCUCGCCUCCUCAGACGACAGCGACUGACUGACGUCCGACAAACACUUUUGUACCGCACUUUUACGAAGAUUAA